AUGCGCGAGUACAAAGUGGUGGUACUGGGGUCGGGCGGGGUGGGCAAGUCGGCCCUAACCGUGCAGUUCGUGUCCAACACCUUCAUGGAGAAGUACGACCCGACUAUCGAGGACUUCUACCGCAAGGAGAUCGAGGUGGACGGGCGGCCCUGUGUGCUCGAGAUACUGGACACGGCCGGCACCGAGCAGUUCGCCUCCAUGCGCGACCUCUACAUCAAGAACGGCCAGGGAUUUGUGGUCGUCUACUCCAUCACCAAUCAUCAGACCUUCCAAGACGUGAAGAACAUGAAGGAGCAGAUCGUGCGCGUGAAGGGCUCGGAUCGGGUGCCCAUCCUGUUGGUGGGCAAUAAGCUGGACAUCGAGCACCAGAGGGAGGUGACCACCGGCGAGGGCAUAGCGCUGGCGCAGGUGUGGUCGGCGCCCUUCAUGGAGGCCUCGGCCAAGAGCCGCAUCAAUGUGAACGAAGUGUUCGCCGAAAUUGUCAGAGAAAUGAGUGUCAACUCCACGAAAGAGAAGCCUAACUAUUGCUGCAGUGUCUGCGGCUGGAGGUGUAAUAUACUUUGA